AUGAGACGGACAAUACAGACCGCCCUCCUGUCGCUGGACUGGUUGAUCGAAAAGGGUGUGCGCAUCCAGGCUGAUGCCCGGUGGCAAGGUACCAAUGACCGAGUUGAGGAUGGUUUCAUGAAAGAGAAUUCGGCGAAACCAUGCGAUACGGGUAGCAGCGUCGACGACCUCAAGGCAGAGUUUGCCAAGGUUGACUUUUCCGCCGUAGACCCCGUAUUCCCGGACAAGACAUCCCCCCGAGGAGCCAAGUAUGCUUUUACGAAAGAAGCUAUCCUGGAGCGCGCUCGGUCUGGUGUUCAAGAUAUACGAGAGCACAAGGAGAAGCUCAUCUUGGUCGUCUCUCACUCCGGCUUCUUGCGCCUUGGUGUAACAGGACACUGGUUCUUUAACGGGGACUACAGAUUGUUCGAGCUGGAUGAAUUUAACGAACCUGACCAGCCGCCAAAGCUCAAACAGCUUGAAGCAACACUCAGUGGGGGGCUCGGCAAGUCUUGGCCCGAUCCCGUAGUCAUCGGCUCUGAUUUGCCAAUCCCUGAUGCGCCCCCUCGGGGGCAAACGCCAUAG